CUAGUGAUAAUUACUUUUCCAUCAAUGGUCCAGUUUCAGAGUCUAUAUAUACCAAAUUGUGGCAAGAGCGUCUCACAUUCUCACAUUAUGGAAGGAACUUCUCGAGCUCUUUCUAAUACCAUAAAAUUCGUUGGUCUACUUGGUAGUCAUGCUCUUGGUAGCAAUCCAAGGUUUAUGGCUACAGCGGUUGAUCUAGGACGUGAAUUGGUAAGGCGAAAAAUCAGGCUUACCUACGGAGGAGGCAACAUUGGCCUUAAAGGAGCUGUAGCUUCAACAGUCUAUAAUAAUGGUGGUAGAGUCAGAGGUUUCAUACCAGGGUAUAUAGCAACACGAGGGGUCUAUGGACCAACAUAUGGUGCGGAGUACACCGUCUCCAGCAAUUACUAUAAGUAUUUCGAGAUGAAUCAUAUUGUGGAAGCCUUCAUUGUACUUCCUGGAGGGAUUGACACUAUCGAACGUUUGUUCACCUUAAUCUCAUGGGCAUCUGAAGGGUUGCACAGCAGACCUAUUGGUCUCUUAAACAUUGACGGUUAUUUCAAUAACCUAAUCAAGUUUCUAGAUGAUGCGGUGAGGCAGAACUUCAUGGCUUUGAAUCAGAGGAAACUGUUCAUUUCUUCUUUCUUUGUUGAUGAGCUUUUGGACAAGCUAGAGUUUGCUAAGCCUUUCCCAGGUCCUGGUGCUAGUUAUGAAGAGUUUGCAAAUCCUGGAAGAUUAGACUUAGAGUUGCAUCUGUAAUAUUUCCAAGUUGAAAUAAUAUUGUCCAUACUCUGGAUCGCGACCCAUUUAAAAAUAUUUUUCAGAGUAAUGCGGAAGUACAAUAAUAAACAAAUCAUGACACAUUUAAAAAUCUGAUGAUCAACAUUUGCUUGCCAUCCUUGCAUCUCCUCUGACUCAAUGCCCUCCGGGAGUGGUUCCAUCAUUGUCUUCUUGUUACCUACGUGUAGUCAACGAAAAAUACAAACUACACGCUCAGCGAAACCGCUGAGUGGUACCACACUAGAAUUGUAGAAUGAUUCUCAGACAUAUACAUAUACAUAUAUAUACGUCCACAAAAUGUAUAGUAACAUUCAUGAUAUGACACAUAUUAUCAUAUGGUCAAUUUGAUGAAUCAUGAUGAUAAAUAUUUAAUGAUAAUUACUUGAUGGCAUAUUUAAUCAAUAUAAUUAUUCUUG